AUUAUGAAACGGACCGCAAACAUGGCUGCACCUGUAAGUGACAAUGGAGUGCAGUUAGAUAACUUUACUUAAAUACGUAAGUUAAAAAAGUAUUUAUUAUAAAGACUUUAAUUUGAAAACAUGGGGUUUGUAAGGCACGUCGUGUGCGCCAUGUCCGGCGGAGUUGACAGCUCUGUGGCUGCGUUGUUACUGAAGAGAAGAGGCUUCAAUGUAACCGGCGUGUUUAUGAAGAACUGGGACUCUCUGGAUGAGAAAGGGAUAUGUACGACAGAGAAGGACUGCGAGGACGCCUACAGGGUCUGUCAGAUCCUGGAUAUCCCUUUCCAUCAAGUGUCCUAUGUCAAAGAGUACUGGCAUGAAGUUUUCAGUAAUCUGUUGAAGGAGUAUGAGAAGGGCAGGACACCAAAUCCAGAUAUACUAUGCAACAAGCACAUCAAAUUCAACCAUUUCCACAAGUAUGCCAUCCACACUCUGGGUGCUGAUGCCAUGGCAACAGGCCACUACGCCAGGACGUCACAGGAAGACGAAGAUGUAUUCCAACAGACGCACAUAGCUCCGCCUACCACACUCUUCAGAGAUCGAUUUGAGAUCAGAAAUCCGGUGAGGAUGUACAAAGGAGCAGAUCUCUUCAAAGACCAAACCUUCUUCCUCAGUCAGAUCUCUCAGGAUGCCUUGCGACAAACCAUGUUCCCGCUUUCUGGACUCACCAAGGAGUUUGUCAAAAAGAUUGCUGCUGAAGCUGGGCUUCACCAUGUUCUGAAGAAGAAAGAGAGCAUGGGCAUUUGCUUCAUUGGAGAGAGACACUUUGAAAACUUCAUAUUAGAGUAUCUAGAGCCUAAACCAGGAAACUUUGUCUCCAUUGAGGAUGGGACAGUAAUGGGAACACACAAAGGCUGGUUCACUCUGACACUGGGCCAGAGGGCGAGGAUAGGAGGGCAGAAAAACGCCUGGUAUGUGGUGGACAAAGACAUUGCAACAGGAGAUGUGUUUGUGGCUCCAGCGACCGAUCACCCAGCUCUUUUCCGUGACACGUUGCGGACGGACCGCUUCCACUGGCUAACAGUGGACCCGCCUCCUGAACUAGCCAGGACCCAGAUGAUGGAGUGUCACUUCCGCUUCAUCCACCAGAUGCCGCUCACUCCCUGUACAAUAACUCUGAACAUGGACGGCUCUGUAUGGAUCUCACUCUCACAGGCAGUCAGAGCUCUGACACCUGGACAGUUUGCUGUGCUCUACAAAGGGGACGAGUGUCUGGGCAGCGGGAAGAUGAUCCAGCUGGGGCCAAGUGAAUACACACUCCAGAAAGGCCGGGAACGGUUGAUAGCGGCCGCGCAGCACAAGGAGCAGCCGACCCCCGAACCUGCCAGCUGAGGUGACCUCACAGCCCAGCGGUGAAGGGAACACAGUCUGUCUGCUACAUUAGGUAGAGCAACACUAAACACGAAAAAAGGGCUUUAUGUCUCUGCUGGAGGCCGUAUUUGAGGUGGUUGUAAAUGGUUGAUAGUGUUUUUAAAUGCUCAACUUUGGCAUUGAAACAGUCUUGAUGACACAAGGAGUCUGUUGCUUGGAUUAAUCAUCCAAGUCAAAGUGGUUUAAGAGUAUAAACUGGAGCUAAAAUAAGACGGUUUACAAAGUAAAAAGAAUACAGUCAUUCACUUUACUUCUAACAUCACUGAAUAAAAUUACCAUCACCACAUUAUCUUGAUCGGGAACAGUGUCUGUUUCAGAUCAUAAUAUACACAGGUUGUUAUUAUUUAUACUCUGGUAACUGUCCUUCGAACUUCCAUGGUGGCAGCUGUUCUGCUGUGUUUGUUGACUGCAUCAAAAAGAACAUAAGCACCUUAAAUUAAGUUUACUACAGAUAAAAAAAAAUACUGUUGGAUAAUCGAUCAAUAUACCAAUUGAUCUGGUGUAUCUGUUUAAGUAUAAACUCUGUGCUGGAUGUAUUUUCAAAAUAAUUUCCACACAAGAAGAGUAAGUGAAGCUGUAGAAAACGCAGAUCUUGGUGUUAGGACCCAGGGUGUGAAAACACCUUCCUUCUUGAAGGACCGUCGGUUGUCUGUGCCCUUCAGGGUUCUGCUGGGAUUUGAUUGUCAGCCAGAAAGGCUCCAUGUGGAUCCAAAAAAGUGGGACAUGGCUAUGACACAAUUUUCGUGGAUUCAGAUUAAUCUGUGAAUAACAACGACCGCUUAAUUCCUUCUCCUCCUUUUACCUCUUUUCUGACUGUCACUCAUGUUCAUCUUGCCUCUGAGCCGCCUGCACACCUCUGCAUCUAAUGAAAAAUGUUUUAAUACACGUUUUACACCAUUUAAACUCCAGCUUUAGUUUUUGAUGCUGACAUUUCAUUGAUGAUCAGUAUCAGACUCAGUUCUUGUGUUUUCACCUCUAAGGUGAAAUUAUGUUCCAAAACCAGCUGAUGGUAAAUAUAGGAGCGGUAAUUGCCUAAAAACAUGUUAACAAACGAUGGCAGUCGAAUACGAACCAAAAAUGGUGUUAUUUAUUUAUUUACACGUGUCAACCACAUUCUGAGUCAGUUUUUAAUUAUUUUAAAUAACACAAUGAAAUUGUUUUUUAAUGCAUAUUGAUUCCUUGUUUAGAAAAUUUCUAGUGCCUUUUCUAGUCAGGUGUUGUUGCUGUUGUAGGUCGUGGAACUAAACUACAAACUGUAAAUACUUGAACAUUUACAAGCAACUCAAUAAACCUGAUAAGUACA